AUGGGCGCUUUCAACCCAAACAAUGUUCCCACGUGGACGCACUAUAUCUCCAAGCACCUGAUCAUCACCCAAGAGACGUUUUUCGAUGGCCUUGAAUGGAUUUACGGCAAAAAGGCAGAUGGGACACCGAACUACGGAUGGGAGGAUGAGGGAGACAAGAUGAAAGUCACAGUCUUCACGGAGGAACCGAAAGACUUGAAAGAGAGGUUGCAGGCCAUCGGACAGAUUGAAAAAGACUAA